AUGGCAUAUUCCAACAGCCUUCAACUCAAAAUGAACAAAAUGACUUCAAACAUCAUCCAAGCUUCAAGUCUAGUAAACAACCCAAACAUCGAAUCCAAAUCUAUCGAGAGCAUGAUACUAGAACUGAUUGUUUUAAGAACUGAGAACAAUCGUCUACACAAUACUAUAUCAGAAAUAGAGAAAGAGAAUAGGAAAAUAGUGAGUCAACAAAACAACAUCAUACAAAAGUUAACCGACGAGAAUAAGGAAGUAAAACAAAUAGUGGAGAAGAAGAUCAACGAGAUAACUGAAGAGAUACGUAAGACUUUAGAAGAUCGAAUUCGAAUGAUGAGCAGGAGAAUAAAGGAAUGGGCUAGGAUGAAAGAAAUGGAGGAGAAGGAACAAGAAGAAGAGAUAAUGGAAUUAAGGGAGAAGGUGAAGGAAAUGGAGAAGGUUGUGAAUGAGAAGGAAGAAGAGAUUUCUAUGAUUGGGGAGGAGAAGAAGGCUAUUAGACAGUUAUGUGUUUGGAUUGAUUAUCAUCGAAACAAUAGAAUGGGUUACUUGAAGGAAAUUGUCUCAAGAAAAUAA